AUGAGUUUUGUACAGCAUUUGACUAGCCAAGCUGCAGAACUGCAACAUGUGCCCUUUUAUUACGGUAUUGCCUUGCUACUGGCGCUGACCUUUGGCAUAUACCGUAUGGUCCGACCGAAAGCGAAGCACAGAUUACCAGUAUUCAAACUACGAGACAAUAAUGUAUUGGCUGUUCUUACCGAGGCGUACAAACAGUACCCGACUUCGCCUUUUAUGCUCGAAUUGCCAGGGAUGGAAAUGGCUGUUCUACCGCCCGCCGAUGUAGACACAAUUCGUGGGCUCCCCGAGUCAGUUGUGUCAAUUAAAAAGCACCAUUACGACGUUUUUCUCGGAGAAUACACCUACAUGGGUACCAAGUCAGACGAAUUCGACUCAGCAAUGCGCAACGUUCUCACCCGCAACACCCCGGCCGUUCUCGAGUCCUUCACCGAGGAGGUCGAAUAUGCAAUUUCUAACACAAUCGGCCCAUGUCAAGACUGGACGCCUGUUGUUGCUCGCAAGGCCAUGUGCCGAGUCGCAUCGCUCAUGUCUGGAAGGGCAUUCGUGGGACUUCCACUAAGUCGCGACCCAGACUGGGUCGAAGCCAAUGUCAAUUAUACAGCUGAUGUCUCCAAGGCUUGGAUGAUUCUCAAGAUGAUACCUCAGCCGAUCCGGUUCUUCGUCGCUCCAUUUCUCCCCCAGGUACGAAGCUUGAAGCGCCAACGGAAGAACAAUGAGGCAAAACUGGCACCACUUUUAGAGGAGAAGCAGAGCUCAUCUCCUACUUCGGCUAACAAAGAGAAACCCGUUGGGGGAAAUUUGCUCGACUGGUUCAUUUCUCAGUACAAAACGACCCCAACAGUUCAGGAGCUUGGCAGAGAUCAGCUCCUGGCAACGUUUGCUUCGAUCUACAAUUUAUCCAACGCCUUGACCUACAUUGCCUUUGAUCUGGCUGCCACUCCUGACGACGAAGUAGAAGAGAUGCGAAAGGAGUUGUUCCAAGUUCUUGGAGAAGAUGGUGUAAUUGAUAAGAACUCAUUGGCCAAGUUAAAAAAGCUGGAUAGCUUUGCCAAGGAGUCUCAGCGCCUGUGUCCUCCAUCACUAGUAAAUAUUCCCCGUAUCGUUACGAGCCCAGAAGGACUCAAGACAUCUACCGGAGACGUCCUUCCCAUGGGAACACGUAUGACCAUCAUGAGCCACUUCAUCAAUCACGACCCCAAAGUAUAUCCCGAGCCCGAAAAGUUCAACCCAUUCCGAUUCUCUACACUUCGUGAGGUUCCAGGGAACGAGACUAAAUACCAGCAUGCAUCGACAGGUCUUGACAACAUCAAUUUCGGGCAUGGUAUUUGGGCAUGUCCGGGUCGUUUCUUCGCUAGCGCUCAGAUUAAGGUGGUCCUUGCACAUCUGCUUAUGAACUACGAUGUCAAGCUUAAGAAAGGUACGAACAAGCCAGGACAGAUCCAUUAUGGUUUGGCUAUUCUGCCUGAUGCGCAGGCCGAGAUCAUGUUCAAGUCUCGGAAAUAA